AUGAAUUCAAACAACCAAUUAACUGGUUCUCUUAAUGUUCUGGCUAAUUUACCUUUGACAGAUUUAAAUGUUGCAAACAACCAUUUCAGCGGGUGGAUACCAAGAGAGCUUAUUUCUAUCCCUAAAAUUAUAUAUGACGGAAAUUCAUUUGAUAAUGGUCCUGCUCCUCCUUCACCACCAUAUACCUCGCCUCCCCCAGGUAGACCACAUAAUAAUCGAAAUCAUUCUCCUCCAGGGGCAGAUUCACCACAGGGAUCUGGUGGUCAAUCGUCCAAUCCAGACAAUGGAAAUAAAAAGGCACUAGCAGCUGGUCUGAUUAUAGGCAUAGCUCUAGGUUCUUCGUUGGUGGUCUUCUUUGCAAUGCUUGUGAUUGUGUUUUGCCUCCGAAAGGGUAAAAGGAAGGAACCCACUGCUGCUAGAACUUCUUCAGGAAGUCUCCCUGUUAGCACAGAUAAAGGUAUGUCCUUUUCCCAAUUAAAAGAAAGAAAGAAAGGAAGGCUGAGACCUUCUUUGGUUAGUUAUUUUUAUUAAUUUGUUUAUAUCAAAAGUUCUUUCUAUUUAUUUAAUAUCAUAAUUAACUUUAGGUUCAGUGUUUGAAAUGUCUUCCAAUUGUUUGGAAAUUUAAUGAUAGCAACUUAUUCCUUUUUAAAGUCUUUACACAUAUUAUAACAUCAGUUUUUGCUUCUGAAUUAUUCAGUUGUACAUUGUUCUAGAUGUUCAUAUCAAGGUAUAAAUGUCCUAAAAGUAUGAUGCCAUUUAUAAUACUGAUUAAGCUAUCUUUUAAUACCCUCCUACUUUCUAAGCCAUUUUGUCUUUUAAAUGUUCCAUUCUUGAUCUGAAUCUAUCCACUCCAAAGUCGCAUGCUCACUCACACCCUCAUUGACCCCAAUCUACUUAGGCCAGCCUCCAUUUCGUGGUCAUGGGUAUUGUUAGAUACCUUCUUCAGGAUCAAGUUCAUGGUCAUAUGCCUAGGCCGCUUAUUGUUAGAAAGUAGAUUGUUGAUGUCCACCAAUAGUUGUUGAAAGUUUAACUAAUACCAUUGGAAGGAUUAAUGACAGAAUUUCAUGAUUGGGCACAUGACAAAAGUGCUUUGUCAUUCUAGAAGGAAAAAAGAAAAAGAAAAAAAGAAACAACAAUAUGUUGGAAGAAUCAUGUGUACACUAAAAGUUGUUAGACGGUGUCUUGAAUGUGAUUGAUUUAUAUUGUGGGGUCUAUCAUAUUUAUGUUGGUGUUUUGCUUAACAAUAUGGAAAGUAAUAGUUGGUGAUUGAUGUGGGACAGCACAUGGCCAUGCCACGUGAUAACCUAUUUGUACCCAAUUUUUCCCCCUCCAAUAGGAAAAAUUGUUAUAUGCAGGAAGGGUACCACGUGGUAUUGUCAUGUAGUAUUCUAAACCAAUCACCAAAUGCCCUUCCUUCAUGUUGAUAGGCAAACACUAACAUAAAUAUAAUAGACCCUCCAUAUAAACCAAGCGCAACAGUAAGCACCAUGUGAGAAUACCCUUUUGCUUAUCCAAUAACUCC